AUGAAGGAUGUCGAAACAUCUUCAAAUGAUGGGUUACGACCUUGCUUCGUGCUGCAGCUCCAUUCUAAAUUUCCUGAUAAUAUCAAAAAAACGAAAGAAACCGGUUACCAACGCGACAGCCCUCUCGAAGUCCUCGAAGACAAAUACGCGUUUUCGCUUAACUUGGAAAACGACUACCCAGCAUACAACCGCCACCAUCUAUAUGUCAGAGCCAUGCCCAAAGUCCCACAAUCUCCCGACUUGAUACCGUUUUACCACGAAAACCUACCUCACAACCUGGCAUUGAUUUUUCAGUCUGAUGAUACAUCUGAGAAAGAGGAGACAAGAUUGUGGAAUGCGAUAGAUGAUUCGAUUUUGUUUCUUGGGGAGCACACGUUACGAUUGGGGGAAAUCAAGAUCAUGAUAAUUGGACAUAUUCACGUGGACUUUGUGGAUCAAAUGGAACUCGACGACGGUGAUUCGUAUUUUACCCAAACUAUCGAUGUGAAUCUGGAGUUUUGGUUGCGCAUCGUACAACCGAGGAUCUGA